AUGACCAAGCUAUGCCCAAGAUGGAACUUUCACUCCAACCACCAAUCUGAUGAGGAUGGAAGGAUUAUACUACUCUGGAAACAUCCCAUUAAACUCCGUGUUCUCCACCAGAGUAGUCAAAGCAUCACGAGCAUCAUAGAAUUACCAAAUUCUGAGCCACUCUACUACUCGGCUGUGUACGCAUCAAACCUGUCUGCUGACCGGUCAGAUCUCUGGGCUGAACUGAUGUAUCUCCAUGACACUUAUGAUCUACAACAUAAUCGAUGGGUUGUUGGUGGGGAUUUCAACCAAAUCAUUAUGCCAACAGAGCACUCUUCACACUCUGUGGAUGCCCAAGACACUCAAAUGUACCAAUUCCAAGACUGUCUGCUGCAGAAUGGUCUUUUCGAUCUGAGAUAUAACGGUCCUGGCCAUACGUGGACAAACAACCGGCAAGACAUGCCAAUAGCAAAGAAGUUAGACAGGCUGCUUGUUAACUGCAACACAAUCUCAGCCUACCCUCAUGCCGUAGCUACCUUCCUACCUCCGUCUAUCUCUGACCAUGCACCCUGCCUCCUAGAUCUAGCCGUUCAACUACCCAAAGCAGGAACCCAGCCUUUUAAAUUCCAAAAUUAUCUAACCAAACACCCGGAGUUCACCUCGGUACAGGCCCUUCAGAACCCAACGCCACAACUGUUUCAGGAGGAGAGAGACUUACACGAUCGAUGGAUCUUCCUGAGGCAAAUUGAAGAAUGUUUCUUCAGACAAAAAUCAAGAAUAAACUGGCUAGCUGAGGGAGACCUAAAUACCACUUACUUCCAUCGAAUGUGUCAGGUCCGUGCAAGCUACAAUGCGAUCCGUCUCUUCAUCACAGAUGCAGGAAUUCUGAUCACCGAUCCUAUCGAGAUGAGUCAACUGGCCAUCAUGCAUUUCCAGUCUGUCCUAGGUCCUCAGAACAAUAUCUCGCAGCAAAUCAACUCCCCCCUUCCUGGCCCUGAUGGACUUACCUCUGGUUUCUUCAAAGCAAGCUGGGACAUUCUAGGGGAAGAGGUCGUUGCUUCAGUUCAACAUUUCUUUGCAGCCUCUUUUCUACCUGCAGCGGCAAAUGCAACUAUCCUCUCUCUUGUUCCGAAGUUUCCAGGAGCAAGCAACAUCACAGAAUACCGGCCAAUAUCCUGCUUGAAUACGGUGUAUAAGGUUAUCUCAAGGCUACUAGUGGCUCGACUCAAACCCAUCGUACCUAAUCUAAUCCUUCCUAGUCAAACUGCUUUUGUGAAGGACAGAUUACUUGUAGAGAAUACUACUCUAGCUAGUGAAUUGGUCAACGGGUAUCACAAGAAUAAAGGAGAAAAGAGAACUACCAUUAAAGUGGAUAUCGCUAAGGCGUUUGACACUCUCUCUUGGGAUUUCCUCCUGUCCUGUCUCCAGGGGCUUCAACUGCCGCCAAAGUUCUUUUCCUGGAUCAAAGACUGCAUAUGCACAACCAGUUUCAUGGUGGGGUAUAAUGGUAUGGUUAAUGGUUAUUUUAAGGGAAAGCGCGGGCUCAGACAAGGAGAUCCACUAUCUCCUUACCUCUUUGUCAUGGCUAUGAACUGUCUAUCGAUGAUGUUGAAUCAAGCAGCUGCAAAUGAAAGGAUAAACUAUCAUGAUAAAUGUGAUGCAAUGAAACUUACCCAUUUAUCUUUUGCAGAUGACUUACUGAUAUUCAUUGAUGGAUCUUUGAGGUCUGUCCAGAAUGUGCUACAGGUACUAAAGGAGUUUGAGUUGAGAUCGGGUCUUGCAGUCAGUUUCCAAAAGACAAGCUUCUAUGCGUCGGGGCUAACAGAGCAAGAAAUAAAUACCAUCCAGGCUUCGACGGGCAUGGUUAAUGGCUCGCUUCCUUUCAGAUAUUUGGGAGUUCCAUUAAACUCCAAAAAGCUCUCAUUGGCAAACUGCGAACCACUGCUUCAUCAAGUUAAAAACCGCCUCUCAUCUUGGUCUGUCAAGACUCUCUCUUUUGUUGGACGCCUGCUUCUCAUCAAAACUGUCAUAGCCGGGAUUACAACUUUCUGGUGUUCUGCCUUUAUACUCCCUAAAGCCUGCAUAAAAAAUAUCAAUUCAAUGUGCAGUUUCGUCCUUUGGAAAGGAAACUUAGAAGGCCACCAUUCCGCCAAGGUAGCGUGGGAGAAAGUCACACUCACCAAAGAUCAGGGAGGGCUAGGCGUUAAGGACCUACUCAUUUGGAACAGAUCCUGCACUUUGCGCCUCAUAUGGAUAAUUUUCUUCCGUGAAGAUUCGGUUUGGGCGUCUUGGUUCAAGGAAGUGAUCCUCAAUGGCUCCUUGCAUAACUACUGGACAAUAAAGCCUAGUCACAAGUACCCUUGGUUAGUAAACAAACUCAUCAAGUUGAAGACAGUAGUGUUUCCUUUGAUCAAAAUGAGGCUCGGAAAUGGACAGUCGGCUCGUUUUUGGCUGGAUAACUGGGCCCCUGAUGGCUGUAUCUCCUCACUGCAGGCUCCCUCCGGCUCACGCCUAGUUAUCCCUCUGCACGCUACCAUUGCUUCUCUUAACAGAAAUGGAAAUUGGCACCUCCCUCCGGCACGAUCAGAAGCGAUGUUGGAGCUGUACACAUUCAUUACCACAAUAGUCUUAACUGAGGAGCAAGAUUAUUAUGAGUGGGAAAUUCAAGGAAAGGUCAAAGCAAAGUUUAGUACAGGGGAGCUUUAUACUUACUUGAUUGGAGAAGUACAAGACCAAGACUGGGCGCCGGUUAUCUGGUUCUCACGCUCCAUUCCAAGACACUCUUUCCACUCAUGGCUGAUGAUCUUAAAUAGAUGUCCAACCAAAGAUAGGAUGCUUCAGUGGGGACUCCAAGUUGACUCGACUUGCCUCCUCUGUAAUGCGCACUCGGAAUCAAGGAACCAUCUCUAUUUUGAUUGCUGCUAUAGUUUCGAUCUUUGGGCAUUGAUAGCGCAGAGAUGCAGGAUCACUCCUAGGCGGAACUGGGAUGAAACGGUCUCGCAGAUGAAAGCGCUCCCGUCGCGAAAAGUAGACCGCCUCUUGACUCUUCUCUCAUGGCAGGCUGCUCUUUAUUGGAUUUGGAAUGAGCGAAACUCUCGCAUGCACACCAACGUUUUUCGAUCGGUCGACGCAAUCUUCACAAUCAUUGAUCGCCAAAUCAGAAACAAAACACAAAGCUUCAGGGUCUCAAAUCCCAAUCUCUCCUCUGCUAUGUUCCAACGAUGGAUUGAAACUCCUGCUUCAUCCUCUUCAUCGUGA